AUGAAACUUGACAUUCCUCACGUUAUGAGGUGGUUCUUCUUGUAUUUUACUACCUUAGGAUCACUUUUACCCAAUCAUGUAUCCACCAAAAGUUUACCUCUCUAUUCUUAUGAUAAUUCUAUGCUUGUUCUCCUUCAUCCGUUUGAUCCGAAACUUCUAAAACCAUUCGAUGCUUUAGCUGAAUAUUCUCGGGUUUCAGUGUACGAGAUGCUUAAGUACUUAGAUCAGAAGAGGUUAAAUGGUAAUCCAUUGUAUAACAACUCUGCAUGCGUCGUCGAUGUGACCUCGAUUGUUUAUGGAAUCAUUCGAUCAGACAAGGAGGCAGUGAAAUGGUUGGAUGCUGCAGGCAAGAUUGUCCCUGGUGUCUCUGGUGGUGGUAUCAACUGGGUGGGAAGCAUGGAAUUGUGUCGAAAUAUCACAGAUUUUAGCUACGGUUUAUCCCAGCAUGUUCAAGGAAAAUAUUGCUCUGCAUAUGUGAAACUUCCUUCAGCGGAAGAUCUUCCUGAAAAAGUGUCAUUCGAACUGAAUUAUGGAGUGUGCAUUCCUCAUUCUUGUACGAAGGAUGACUUGAUUUGGCUACUAGAUAUGGUGCUUUCCAAGGUAAAUUUAUCCAUAGAUAAGUCCACAAGCUUCUGUCAUGCAGAUUUUGGAGAACUACCUAAAGACGGUUGGUUUUGGGUAGCAAUGUCUUUGCUAGUUGUUAUGAUCGUUCUUCUGAUAAGUGGAACAGUGUGGAUUUAG